AUGACCGUUCAGUCGUUGGUCGCUUAGUGUAGACACGCCUUAAAACGGACAAAAGCAGGGAAAGACUUCCCUAGCAGUAUCUUCCCUAAAUAAAAUGAUGGCGAAGACGGAGAGAGGAAACAACCCAAACCUGAAAGAAAUUUUUUUUCAAACAGAUAGUGUUCAACACAUGUAAAAAAAUAUGUGGCUGUAUGUGUGAGUGCAGGACGAGAGUGUAGUCGGUCGUCAUGGUUACCGCUUGCAAACGUGAGACAGCAGCGGUUAUACACUUGUCAAAUGUAUGUACCGUAAGCUCCGACUUGGAGUGGCUUACAACGCAGGAGCAUUCACCCGGACGCUUGGACGCAUUGUUUUAAUGCCGCGUGACUGAUCAACAGAAUGGAUUGGGCCACCGACCUCGAGAUUACUUCGAAGAAGCUGCUGCCUCGCCUAGGUAGGCGCGCAGGUCAGAGUAAUUUGGAGGAGAAGUCUGACGAUGAUCCUCUGGAGAGCCCUAUAUCCUUCUCGUCUGGGAAGUCUGUAUCUGUGCAAAGACCGAUAGUUCCACCUCGGUCGAGGAAAACCGGCUGGGGCGAUGAAUUGAAAAGCGGCAAAUCAAGGGCGGCGCCAAACGUCAUUGAACAGGAGCGUUUUCGAAUGCUUGACAAGGAACAGCAAGAAGACGAUAUUCCAGUUAUACCUGAUUUAGAUGAAAUUCAGGAAGAUAAUAUCUCGUCUGAGAUUGCAAGCGCUCCUAUAGUCAACGCAAAUAGAGUGACUGCGUACGAGGAAUUGGACACUGAUCUGGUGAAAAAUGCUGCAUACACAUCGUUGGACGGCGUCAGCCUUUCUCUCCUCGCGGAUAAGCUGUACAAUGAAAAUUUAGUGAAGGAACCGGACGAAGUUUGGAACUGGAAUCUCCUUUUCACGCAAAUUUCUUCGGAGAUCAAUAACGAGACGCAAAAGAAGAUUGAGGCCUAAAGAUGCGUCAGAUCGCGAGUUUGAAAUAAAAAUGGAAAUUGUGGGUAUAAAAUAACGCGUUAUUUGUUAUAUCAUUCAUUGAUAUUUGUACAUUGUUUUCUUGAUAUUUUGGAAAUAAACUUAAAAAUUAAUCUAA